GUCUGUUGCCAAAAAAAAAAAUUCAGGAUUAGAGCCCUGGAAGGGGAAACCAAGGUGAGGGUCUCCCAGGAGUCCCCCAGGGGCCAAGCAACACAGAAUCUCACAUGGGCCCAUCUUCCUUCCAUAGGAUGAACCAGACUCUGAACAGCAGCAAGACCCCAGCAUCAAACUGGAGUGGCCCCCCGGGGGAAACACUGGGCGUGACCACCCGGGUGCUGAGCGCGCUGACCAUACUCACCUGCGUGGUCGGCAUCGCAGGCAAUGGCAUGGUGAUCUGUCUGCUGAGCUUCCGCGAGCAAAGGGGCCCCUUCUGUGUCUACAUCCUCCACCUGGCCGUGGCCGACCUCCUCUUCCUCCUCUGUUUGGCCUCCGAGCUCAUCCUAGAAGCCAGCCUGGUGGCUAACACGGGUCAUACAAUCUACUCAGACCACACAGUCCACAUGUUCCCCACGGUCCUCAAGGCCUUUGAGGUGCUGAGGAGAAUGAACUUCUUGGCCUACACGGUGGGCCUGAGCCUGCUGACGGCCAUCAGCAUGGAGCGCUGCCUCUCAGUCCUCUUUCCCAUCUGGUACAGGUGUCACCGGCCGCAGCACCUGUCGGCCAUGGUGUGCGCCCUGCUCUGGGCGCUGGCCGUCCUGCUGAAUGUGAUCGAAGCGUUGUUCUGCAGAGAGUUCUGGAACCUGGACACACAGCAGUGCUUCACAGUGGACCUCAUCUUCAGCCUCCUCAUCCUGGCACUCUUCACACCCGUGAUGGCCCUGUCCAGCUUCAUCCUCUCCGUGCGGGUGCAGAGAAGCUUCCAGCGGCGCCGGCGGCAGCCCACACGGCUGUAUGUGGCCAUCCUGGCCUCCGUCCUGGUGUUCCUCACCUGUGCCCUGCCCCUGGGCAUCUACUGGUGCCUCCUCUACUGGCUGGACCGGCACCUGUGGACAGACAUUAAACUCAGCUACUCCAUAUUCUUCUCCUCGUCCGUGAGCAGCGGUGCCAACCCCAUCAUCUACUUCGUGGUGGGCCGUCGGAGGAGCCCGGGCCCGAGGGAGGCCCUGGGGACCGUGCUUCGCAGGGCGCUGCAGGAGGAGGCCGAGCUGGAGCCGGGGGACACGCCCUCCACCGGCACCAACCAGGAGGGGGUCUGAGAGCGGCGCGCCCACCCGGGAGCCGUGUGCCUGUCUGGCCGCUGGCGGGAGCCCGGAAGGCUUUGCAUCUCACCCUGUCCGGGUCCCUUUCUUGCCUGCCAGGGCUCCCCCACAGAACACCGUGUCCCGGAUCUCACAGUGCAGCUCCGCUGGGAAGAUUAAAUGUCAUCUUUUUCUUUGCGGACGAUCUUCUGGUUAGAAGGCAAAUGUCAGCUUUCAGCCCUGGCCUGGUUGAAGCUAAUUAUCUCAACAGUGUCACCAGUGGGUGCCGCCCCUAAAAGCAGGUGUGCUCUGAGCACCCUCCUUUCCUGGCUCAUCUGCUUUCCCAUCUCAGC